CCCCAUGCCUCAGCUUUCCCCUACUUGCCUCUGAGCUCAUGCAAUUCUUGGAAGCCUGGGGGACUUACCUUGGAAUUGAAUGCAAAUAGGACAAAGACCAAGGAGGAUGGGGGGAUGCCCUCCUUCCACGGGGCCCUGUGGCUUCCAAGUCUCAAUCUCCUCUAGUCUCUUGUCUGCGGAGCCUCCUUCAAACCCAGGGAAAGAAAAGCACCUGCCAGGGUUGUUGUUCUUCUAAGAUCUUCUAUUGAUGCUCUGUGAGGUCCCCUGGGAGCCAUGAAGCUGGGGCUGGCUCCCAGGGCAAUGGGACUCCAGUGUCCUUGUCCUUUCUUAUUCUUUCUAUUCUUUCUUUCCUUUUUUUUUUUUUUUUUUUUUUUUUGAGACAGAGUCUCACUCUGUUGCCCAGGCUGGAGUGCAGUGGUGUGAUCUUGGCUCACUGAAACCUCCGCCUCCUGGGUUCAAGUGAUUCUCUUGCCUCAGCCUCCCGAGUAGCUAGGAUUACAGGUGCCCGCCAUUAUGCCCAGCUAAUUUUUGUAUUUUUCGUAGAGACGGGGUUUCACCAUGUUGGCCAGCCUGGUCUCGAACUUCUGACCUCAGGUGAUCCUGCUGCAUCAACCUCCCAAAGUACUGGGAUUACAGGCGUGAGCCACCAUGCUCAGCCUCUUUCUUGUUCAAUACAUCCAUGCUCUGUUCCACUUCUGCCCCUUCACUCUGCCCACACACAUCACUCCAGACUGGCCUUGUGGUCAGAGCCUGGAAUGCCUGGGCUGCUGGGGGCCUGUGGACUGCACUGGGCCAGAACCCCUGCCACCUUCAAGACUGGCCUGUAGCCAGCAGGAACAUGGAGCUGAUCCAGGACACCUCCCGCCUGCCACUGGAGUACGUGAAGGGGGUCCCACUCAUCAAGUACUUUGCAGAGGCACUGGGGCCCCUGCAGAGCUUCCAAGCCCAGCCUGAUGACCUGCUUAUCAACACCUACCCCAAGUCCGGCACCACCUGGGUGAGCCAGAUACUGGACAUGAUCUACCAGGGCGGCGACCUAGAGAAGUGUAACCGGGCUCCCAUCUACAUACGGGUGCCCUUCCUUGAGGUCAAUGAUCCAGGGGAUCCCUCAGGGCUGGAGACUCUGAAAGACACACCGUCCCCACGGCUCAUCAAGUCACACCUGCCCCUGGCCCUGCUCCCCCAGACUCUGUUGGAUCAGAAGGUCAAGGUGGUCUAUGUUGCCCGAAACCCAAAGGACGUGGCGGUCUCCUACUACCAUUUCCACCGUAUGGAAAAGAUGCACCCUGAGCCUGGGACCUGGGACAGCUUCCUGGAAAAGUUCAUGGCUGGAGAAGUGUCCUACGGGUCCUGGUACCAGCACGUGCAGGAGUGGUGGGAGCUGAGCCGCACCCACCCUGUUCUGUACCUCUUCUAUGAAGACAUAAAAGAGAACCCCAAAAGGGAAAUUCAAAAGAUCCUGGAGUUUGUGGGGCGCUCCCUGCCAGAGGAGACCGUGGACUUCAUGGUUCAGCACACGUCAUUCAAGGAGAUGAAGAAGAACCCUAUGACCAACUACACCACCGUCCCCCAGGAGUUCAUGGACCACAGCAUCUCCCCCUUCAUGAGGAAAGGUGGGCGCUGGCCAGCACGGGGGUUUGGGGCAGGUGGGAGCAGCAGCUGGAGCCUCCCCAUAGGCACUUGGAGCCUCCCUUUGGGCGGGACUCCAGCUUUGCUCCCUGCCUUCCUCCCCCAGGCAUGGCUGGGGACUGGAAGACCACCUUCACCGUGGCGCAGAAUGAGCGCUUCGAUGCAGACUAUGCGGAGAAGAUGGCAGGCUGCAGCCUCAGCUUCCGCUCUGAGCUGUGAGAGGGGCUCCUGGGGUCACUGCAGAGGGAGUGUGUGAAUCUACCCUGACCAGUGGGCUUAAGAAUAAAGUAUGAUUUUUGAGUCAGGCACAGCGGCUCACAUCUGCAAUCCCAGCGAUUUGGGAGGCUGAGCUGGUAGGAUCACAAUAGGCCACGAAUUUGAGACCAGCCUGGUAAAAUAGUGAGACCUCAUCUCUACAAAGAUGUAAAAAAAUUAGCCACAUGUGCUGGCACUUACCUGUAGUCCCAGCUACUUGGGAAGCAGAGGCUGGAGGAUCAUUUCAGCCCAGGAGGUUGUGGAUACAGUGAGUUAUGACAUGCCCAUUCACUACAGCCUGGAUGACAAGCAAGACCCUCCCUCCAAAGAAAAUAAACCUCAAUUAAAAUAAAA